AUGUUCAAAGGAGAAUUUGUUGAAAAGAAAGAAUGGAUAAAAAUUACAUUGAAUCAAAGCCAAAACGUUUUGAAAUGCAAACUACGUAAUGGAAAAGGAGCAAAACCACGUUUAUAUCAGACAGUUUCAAUUCAUUAUACAUUAUCUCUCGAAAACGGUACGAAAAUCGUUUCGACACGCGACAAAGAUCAGCCAUAUGAUUUUAAGAUCGGAUCUUGUAAAAUUUCCAUAAUGGAUCUCGCAGUUAUCACAAUGUACGUUGGCGAAAGAGCAGAAUUAAAAAUUGACAAGUCAUUGGCUCAAGGAUUAGAAGUUUUAUCAUCAUCUAUUCCACCAAAUACAAAUCUCUCCCUGGAUAUCGAAUUAUUAUACAUCCUCGAAGAUAUGACGAAAGAAGAAGCAAUAAAGCAAGCAGAAGAAGUUAAUAAACGCGCUGGUGAGUCAUUUCGUAACGGAAAAUUCGAAGAUGCAGCUAAUCUUUACACAAGUUGUUGUGAAAUCUUACAAUGCCAUUCUGGUGACGACUUAUAUCAAUACUUCAAUAAAUAUUUCUCGAAUCUCUCUACAGUUUAUUCAAAAUUGAAGAAAUGGAAAUUAUCUUUAAGUUAUGCCGAAAGAAUCCUCCAAAAAGAUCAAACAAACCAGAGAUGUAUUCUCAGGAAACUCGAUGCGCUUAUUCAACUUAGACAUCUCAAUGCCGCAGAAGAAUACCUCAAAAAGGGUCUGGAAUUAUCAAAUAACGAUCCAAUUUUCUUGUCUCGUAAAGAAGACAUUGAAAAAUUACGUUCUUCCAAGACAUCUCAAAAAAAUAAUCUUUAUAAGAAAAUGAUGAAAACCGGAGAUGGAUACUAA